AUGAUCAUCGCCGAUCCCCUUCGUAGCCCUCCCCUCACAGCGAACUCACACAGCAAGCAAGAGCCUACUCACCUCGAGCAAGACAUGGUCGUGAAGAACAAGAAUAAGGAGGACGUGGUCACUGAAACUGUGUUGGCGGAGGACGGGGAGGAAGCGCACGAUUGCCCAGAUGGCGGAUUACGAGCAUGGCUCGUAGUAGUCGGCCUUUUCUGCGGGAUGGUGGGCAUGAUUGGAAUAAUCAAUGCAUGGGGAACAUUUCAGGCGUACUAUCAGGAAGUCAAGCUUCCACAGCGAUCGUCGUCGGAUAUUGCUUGGAUAGGGUCUAUUCAAAACGGAGUAAUAUAUGUCGUCGGGCUUCCCCUCGGAAGAUUAUUCGACAUGGGAUACCUCAAGCUUCCCAUGCUCCUUGCUUCUGCGUUGUUCAUCGCCUGCCUAUUUCUCACCGCCGAGUGCACGGAAUAUUGGCAGUUCCUUCUUUGCCAGGGGUUCGGUAUGGGUAUCGCGAGCGGGGUCCUCUUCAACAUGGGAAACAUGCUGAUGACACACUGGUUUAAAAGAAGGCUCGGGCUUGCGCUCGCAUGUAUGUUCGCGGGUGCAAGCAUCGGCGGCUGCAUCUUUCCCAUCAUCGUGAGGACUCUCCUUGGUCAUCGGAGUUUCCAGUGGACGAUGCGCAUUUUGGGUUUCAUUGCCUUGGGGCUUCUUGCCGUCACUAACGUGACGAUUGCGGGCAGACUGCCACCUAAGCAGGGCCGUACUCCUUUGGUCAGCGUAGCAGAGUUUAAGAGGCCCGCCUACUCCAUUUACGUAUCCGCUUGGUGCAUCAGCAACCUCGGAUUAUGGACCUGCAUGACGUACCUCACGUUGAGUGCCGUCGACGCAGGUCUCAACGCCACCUUAGCCUUCAAUCUGUUAGCUAUUUUGAACGCCACAUCGACACUCGGUCGGAUAAGCAGCGGAAUUCUGGCGGAUCGCUAUGGACCUCUCAACAUCCUCGUCCCCGCAAGUCUGAUCGUUGCGGUCGUCACAUACGCAUGGCCAUUUGCGAAGAGCACAGCGGCUUUCGUCAUGAUCGCAGUGCUGAUUGGGGUAUCUAGUGGCGCCAUCCUCGCCAUAGUAGUCCAGCCGUUCGCACGUCUGGGUUCCGUCACCAACGUGGGCAUGCGCAUCGGGAUGGGAAGUACAAUCACAGCGAUUGGGGCCAUCGCCGGCCCGCCGAUCGCGGGUGCCAUCCUGGAUGCGACCGGGUCGUUCAAGGAUGUUGGUUAUUACGCAGGUAUCGUGAGGCGCUUCGUCAUCAGAAUUGCAUGGGUCGGUGAACAUGCAUGA